AUGAUUAAUAAAAUAUUAGGCAACUCUAUCAACAAUAAGAGCCGAAUAAAAUUAAAUAAAAAAAAAGAACUUAAAAUAAAUUCACGGUCUAUUAAGUAUGUUAUUCAAUUGAUGACGAAUCAAUCUUUACAGGAUGUGGCAAAAAUUAUAAUUACCAGUUGUACAAUAUUUGUAUAUGAUGGUUAAGAUUAAUCUAUUCGUUUCUAGGAUGUAGCAAAAAAAUAAUUUUACAAGAAUAAAGUGGUGAUAUCAAUUUCUUUAAGCUUUCAACUGAAUGAUAGUUUUUGAGUAAUUGUAUGGGAAAUAAUUUCAGGAGAAUAAAAUAAAAAAAAAUUUAGGAGAUAUUUAAUAUGUAGG